AUGCAUCAAUGCUUUAUUCGCAUCCAGCAAGCCCGUGCAUUUGAGCAAGAGUUCAGAAGAUACCAGCAGCGCCUUCAAGUGCAGCUCAACCACUGUUUAAGACUUAUCCAGCGCAUGGAGCGUGCCAAGAAUUUUUCAGCCACAAUUGCAAUUGAUGGCCUCGAAAUUACGCAAGAAGAAGGAGAACGAUCGAUAAUGGAGAUGCUCUCCGACACUCGAGAUGCCCUCCGCAAAGCCAAGCGCGAAGCUGCCGAGAUUCAAGCCGGGCUUACCACAACUGCCCUCCAGCUACAAGACGCCAAUUCUAACACCACACUCAACCUCAAAACAAUGCAAGUUCGGGUUACGGGGUUUCUUGAUAAACGGAAGGUGCAAGCAGCAAAGACAAUUGAAGCAAUGAAAUGGGUUUUUUACAAGAGAGACAUCUGCAACAAGUUGAUCGCAGAUAUCGCUCUGCUCAUGAACGACCUGGAGCGCCAAGUCGCGAGCGAUACCAGGAUCAUAUAUGCACAUUGCACCAACCACUUCAUUAAUCAUGUAUAA